AUGAGUCUAUUGGAUGAUACAUUUCUACCGCCUCCACCAUCACACCCAAAAUUGGCGACAGGCGCCGCAAAAAAUGAGGGUGUUUUACGGAAAGUUGCGGUUGUUGAGAUAAAGUAAGUUAUUUUUCAAUGGUGUGAGGGUAAAUCAGGCUUUAUAUUGUCACAAAGUUUAAUUCAAUUCUUCUCUUGCAAAUUUCAGUGUUUCGAAACACUAAACGUUGAAUAAAAUCCGAUUGAAAUUCACAAAAAUCGAAUAUUUCCAGAGGUAUGACAUGCCACGCGUGCGUCAACAAUAUUCAAGACACAAUUGCCCAAAAAGAUGGAAUUUUGAGGAUUCAAGUGUCGCUCGAAAAAUCGCAAGGAACAAUCGAAUAUUAUGUGAAAAAAUGGACUGGUGAAAAAGUUGCCGAAUCGAUUGAUGAUAUGGGUUUUGAUUGUAAAUUUUUGAGAGAAGGUGAGUGAUUUUGGAGCGUGGGAAACUAUAAUUUAUGGGCAUUUCCUCACCGAAUAAAUUUUCUAAGUAAGUGAGGAAGUUGAAAGAAUAUACCGAGGGCUAAUUUUCCAAAAUCCUUCGUUCAAAAUAUAGUUAUGACGUGGCAAACAACACUGUGAAAUCAGAAAAAAGGUUUUGUUUCUGAAAUGAGUUACAGUACUCAAAGUAUUCGAUUUUUGAAGUCAAAAUAUAACUCUGCCACGUCAUAACAAUAUUUUGGGUAGGCUGUGAACUCUAGGAAUUUUGGAAUAAGUAUCGCUUGAGGUCACCAAAAUUACAAAAAAAAUUUGCCCUAUCCUCCAAACCCUUUUUCCUAACAGGUAUUUUUUGUGUGUGGGAAAAUUGUAAUUUUAUGUAAAUUUUUGCCAAAAUAUCUUUCUCUCUAUUUUUGGCGCAUUCUAUGAGUUUUCCUCGAAAAACCGAGUUUUCUUAUCAAAAAUUUAUUUUUAUCGCGAAAUUUUUAUCAAUUUUUUAUUUAGCACUCCUCCCUUUCCUACAAAAAAUACAUAAAUACUUUGAUUUAUUGAUUGUUUUCUUUUUAGAACCUCUUAUCCAACUUUCGAAUUUUUCGAAUGAUCGAAAAAUGACGUGGAAACGUGCAAUUGUAUCGAUUGAUGGUAUGACGUGUCAUGCGUGUGUUGAAAAUAUUCAAGAAAAUAUUGGAAAAUUGGAUGGAGUUAGGAAAAUUGUUGUGAAUUUGGAAAAAAAAGAAGGUAAACUUUUAUUACAUAAGCCUUAAUUAAGUCGAAAAAAUAAUAAAUUUCUAGGAACAAUCUUAUUUGAUUCUUCAAAAUUUACUGGCGAAAUUUUGGCUGAAAAAAUCGAUGACAUGGGAUUUGACUGUAAAUUGGUUACAGAAGAUGAUGAUUCUGAGGUUUUUGAGGAAGUUAAGCUAACUUCAACACCUAGGAAAAAAUCGAGAGCUGAAAGUGCUGUAGAAUUGCGGUUGAAUGGUGUGAAAUAUACAAAGGUUGGUGGAAAAUUGGGAUUUCCGGGUUCAAUUCAAAUUUGUCUUUUUUUUCAGGACGCUUCCGAUAAUUUGGAAAAAUGCAACUUUGCAGUUGAAGGAAUGACUUGUGCCUCUUGUGUUCAAUAUAUUGAAAGAAACGUGGCCAAAAUUGAAGGUAAACCCGUCAUGUAUUUUCUCCAAAACAUCCAAUUUCUCAGGUGUUCACGGUGUUGUUGUUGCAUUAAUUGCUGCAAAAGCUGAAGUGACUUAUGAUGGAAGAUUGACAUCAUCCGAAGCGAUUGCUGAACAAAUUCAUGAAAUUGGAUAUAAGGCGACUUUGAUUGAUUCAGCCAAUUCGAAUUAUAAUCGUAUUCAACUUGUGGUAAGUUUCUAACUUUAGGCCCGAUUCCUUUUUCCAAUCUUCAAUAUUCUCAUUUUUUCAGAUCUCCGGUCUUGGCUCUGAAAACGAUGCACAGCGCAUCGAAUCACAUGUCCUUUCAAAAUCUGGAAUUGAUUCGUGUUCAGUUUCUCUUGCCACAUCAAUGGCUCAAGUCGAAUUCUCGCCUCAAUUAAUUGGUCCUCGUGAUAUUAUUCAAGUUAUCGAAAACCUUGGUUAUCAUGCUGAUCUUUCAACUCGAGAUGAUCAAAUUCGACGAUUAGAUCAUUCAGAAGAAGUUCAAAAAUGGAAGACAACAUUUCUGAUAAGUUUGACAUGUGGAAUACCAGUUAUGAUUAUUAUGAUAAUAUUUCAUUGGAUUUUGCACACACCAAUGAAUCCCGAAAAACAAACACCAAUUUUUACACCGGCUUUGUCUUUGGAUAAUUUUCUAUUGCUCAUAUUAUGCACACCAGUUCAAGUAUUUGGAGGAAGAUAUUUUUAUGCGGCGAGUUGGAAAGCAAUCAAACAUGGAAAUGCGAAUAUGGAUGUAUUGAUUGUAUUAGCAACUACUAUUUCAUAUGCUUAUUCGAUUAUUGUUCUGUUGAUGGCAAUUACAUUACGGUAGGUUUAAGGAAGGAAGAGGGAAGAGUGAAAAUCUAGGUAUUAUCACUAAUAUUUUUAGGGGAGAUUUUUUUAAAAUUAAAAUCUCAAGUGAAAUUAUAGUCGAGACCUCUGAAUUUUUGAUUUAAAAAAAAUUCAAAAAUGGUUAUCCUUUCUCACACCCAAAAAAUCUCUAAUGUUCCCAUAUUUUUCCAGUUGGCCCAGCUCCCCAAUGACAUUUUUCGAUGUUCCUCCAAUGUUGAUUGUUUUUAUUGCUCUCGGAAGAAUGUUGGAACAUAAAGCAAAAGGAAAAACAUCAGAAGCAUUAUCAAAAUUAAUGUCAUUACAAGCAAAAGAAGCAACUUUAGUCACAAUGGAUUCUGAUGGAAGAUUAACAUCUGAAAAAGGAAUAAAUAUUGAAUUAGUUCAACGAAAUGAUCUCAUCAAAAUAGUUCCCGGUGCAAAAGUUCCAGUUGAUGGAAUUGUUAUUGAUGGAAUAAGUUCGGCGGAUGAAAGUUUUAUAACUGGUGAAUCAAUGCCUGUUGUGAAAAAACAAGGAAGUCUUGUUGUUGGUGGAUCUGUUAAUCAAAAAGGUGUUUUGAUUGUAAAAGCAACACAUGUUGGAAGAGAUUCGACAUUGGCACAAAUUGUUAAAUUAGUUGAAGAAGCACAAACAAAUCGAGCACCAAUUCAACAAUUGGCUGAUAAAAUUGCUGGAUAUUUUGUGCCAUCUGUUAUAUUAUUAUCACUUCUUACAUUAGUUGCAUGGAUUAUUGUUGAAUAUAAUUCGGACAAAAAUAAGAAUAUGGAAGCGGGUGAUCGAUUUGAACAAGCAUUAAAAGUUGCAUUUGAAGCUGCGAUUACUGUAUUAGCAAUUGCAUGUCCUUGUAGUUUGGGAUUAGCAACACCGACUGCUGUUAUGGUUGGAACUGGAGUUGGUGCAACUAAUGGAAUUUUGAUUAAAGGAGGAGAACCCUUGGAAUGUGUUCAUAAAGUGAGUUAGUGGAAAAAAAAUAGAAAAGCUCUAGGUUUUUGGAACAAAAUCGAGACAUUUAUUUUAAAUGAAAUUUCACUGAAAUUUAUCCGAAACCCGCCAUUUUUUCAGGUUUCAACAAUAGUUUUUGACAAAACUGGAACAAUCACCGAAGGUCGUCCACGAGUAAUUCAAAUAUCUUCAUUUAUCUCACCAAUUUCUCUUCCACUUCGACUUUGUACAUAUUUAAUUGGAGCAACUGAACAAUUAUCAGAACAUCCAAUUGGAUCGGCUGUAACACAAUUUGCCAAACAAUUAUUGAAUGAUCCAAUUUGGCCAGUUACAAAUCGAUUUCAUGUUUCAGCUGGAAAUGGAGUAACUUGUCGAAUUGAAGGAAUUAAACAAGCAUAUUCUGGAUUGAUUUUGAAUAAUAAUGGAGAUGGAAAAGGGAAUAAUUUAGAGAUGCCGAAUUUAGCUGAAGGAGAAACUAUGUUGAUUCCGGGAACUGAUGUGACAUUGGUUCAAGUUGCGAAUUCAGAUGGUGAGAAUUUAAUGGGCAGAGAAGAGGGGGCUCAAUUUUUUUCUAAAGUAUUCAACAUUUGAAAAAAAUUUAUUUGGGAACAAUAAUUGACCAAUACAGAUUGUUUGGAACAACAAAAAAAUCCUGAAAAAAUUAGGAGAAAACUUGAAACAGUAGAUUUUUUUGGAAAUGUGAAAAUUCCUUUUUUUUUUAGUUCUGAAAAAAUUUCAGCAGUGCAAAAGUUACGAAGAUUUUUUUUAAAUUUUAUUGAAAAUUCAGAAAUUCUUCAAUCCUUUUUUUGUAAAAAAAUACCCCGAAUAAAAAAAACUUCCUUUCCUUCUUAAAAAUCCUCUAACAUAAACUAAAUUUCUCAAAUUUUUCAGUGACAAAAUCUUGGAAAUCCACCGACUCAGCUAAUAUAAUAAUUGGAACUGAAAGAAUGAUGAUGAAACAUGGAAUAACAGUAACUGAUUUAGUCAAAAAAACAUUAUCAGAUGAGCAAAGAAAAGGGAAUAUUUCGAUAAUUUGUGCAAUAAAUGGAGAUAUUGUUUGUAUUAUUUCAAUUGCUGAUCAAAUUAAAAAAGAUGCACCUUUGGCUAUUUAUACAUUAAGAGAAAUGGGUUUGAGAGUUGUUUUGUUGACUGGAGAUAAUUCGAAAACUGCUGAAUCAACUGCGAAACAAGUUGGAAUUAGUGAAGUUUUUGCCGAGGUUUUGCCCAAUCAGAAACAGGAAAAAAUUAAGCAAUUAAAGGAGUUUGGGAAGCAUAAGGUGAGGGUGAUUUUUGGCGGAUUUUUUCUCUGGAACUACAAAUUGAUUUUGAAAAUUAAUCGCAAUUUUUAUCCAAAGAUUCGAAGCUUAUAAAUGGACUUUUUUAAUUAAAAAAAAAUUAAAAUCAAAAAUUUAUCACUCAAAAAAUAAAAAUUUCGAAAAACUUCACAAUUUUCAUAUUUCUAAUCUCAACCCCUCUUUGUUUUAGGUUGCAAUGGUUGGUGACGGUGUAAAUGAUUCACCAGCUUUAGCAGAAGCUGAUGUUGGAAUCGCAAUUGCAGCUGGAAGUGACGUGGCAAUUGAAUCAGCUGGAAUUGUUUUAGUUCGAAAUGAUUUGAUUGAUGUUGUUGGAGCCAUCAAAUUAUCCAAGAAAACAACUCGUCGAAUUCGACUCAAUUUUCUAUUUGCUAUAAUUUAUAAUGCAGUUGGUAUUCCAAUUGCAGCCGGAUUAUUAAGACCAAUUGGAAUUGCAUUACAACCUUGGAUGGCUGCGGCAGCAAUGGCUUUGAGUAGUGUUUCUGUUGUUUCAAGUAGUUUAUUGUUGAAGAAUUUUAGGUAAGAGUUUUGGGAAAAGGGAAGAAGGCUUUAUUUUGAACAUUUUGAGAUGUUGCUUUUCAACAUUUUUCAAGGAAAUUUGAAUAAAAUUACGACGUAUUAUCAUUUUUCAAAAUAUGUACGUUUGAAAUAAAAACUUUUUGAAACAGUGAAUUUUUUGAAAAAGUAUAUUUUUCUCAAAUUCCAAAAAAAUUGAAAAAUCAUGAUGAAUUUUCCAAUUAUUGAUUUUUUGAAACAGCAAAAUAUUUUUAAGAAAAUGUUUCACAAAGUCUCCCUUUCCUUCCAAAUCCCUAUUUUUUUCCAGAAAACCUUCAUUUGCCACCCUUUACACUCCAAAAUUCAAACAACAUUUGAAACUUCUCGAAUCUGGCAAUUUUGAUGUCGAAAUUCAUCGAGGACUUGAUGAAACUGCAGUUUUUCGAACUGCCUCAAAAUUAUCGAUUUUAUCAUCGAAAAUGGGAUCUUUGUUUAAUGGAUCAACGAGUUCGCUGAAAUCUUCGAGUAAAAAAGAUCGGUGAGAUAAAUUGAUUUUUUUGAGCUCAAAAAAUUUCGAAAUUUUUUUCAGAUUACUUGACAGCGAUACAGAGGAUUUGAUAGUAUAA